AUGACUCAGGAAGCUGAAGAUUCAUCACUUGCACUCCGGGACCGCUUGCUAGGCUGUGGCGUGUUCAAUUGUUCUGACAAGCAGCUCAAUGCUCUUUUAAGUCUGCAGUACAGGACCCACUACCAUGUAUUUGGCAGUAGCAUUGCUACUAAAGACGUUUUUAAAGUGCUGCUAGGUGAGCUCAACAAAAUAGAUUAUCCCAAUCUUUCUGAUUCGAUCAAGAGGAGUAUAUGGUUAAACCUGCAAGGCAUUUUGAAAUAUCAAUUGUCUGAGGUUGAAUCAGCGCAGAAGUCUCUAGAUGAUGCACAGAAGGUGAAACUCGCAACGGAACCGUUUGAAACGUUUCUUAAGAUCGAGCAUCUGUAUUUCACUGGUUUGUUGAAAAGCGAGGAAGAAAUUGUCGACCACUAUCUGCAAAAUAUAGCCAGGGUUAUCACAGAGCUGCCACGCGAAUCGCACGCUUUAACAUUCCAUUACUUGGAUCUGAUUGUAGCAAGGCUUCAGAUGAGUUGGAACGAGGUACUUAAGCAUUUGAAGCCCUCCAAUGUGGCAUACUAUAUCGCAGUCCAGGCGGACUCUGCUAAUCAUGAUCAACAGCUACUUGAGAUAGGUACCAAAUUGCUAAAUGCAGCUAGGUUUCCAACCGCUGAAGAGCGCAAUGAUUAUGAUUUGGAACAAUUUCACGUUGUUUUACAAUAUUAUUUCCUCAAUCGCGGGCCUCCCAAAUCCACUGAGUGGCGAGACUUCAUAGUGCAGUCUUUGGGUAAAACUUUCCAAAGUUUAGAGGUUUCUAAAACAGCCAUGAUAUAUUUCGGAAUGAAAAAAGAGAGUAAAGAAGCCGUCUUGAAUUUUGUCAAUUUCAUGAGCUAUAACGAGAACUAUAAGCAUUUGAAUGACGGUUGUUGGCUAGAUUUCGUCUCGAUACUGGAAAGUUACAGGUUUAUUGCCAGUCUAUCCGGCAACCUGGAAAUAGAAAACGUUUUCAGUGUAGGCGGGUUUUUGAAAAACUUUAAGAUCCUACUCCGCGAGUUCUACAACAACAUCUCGCUACCGCUGAUAGAAAGAGAACAAUCUUCGGAUGUGGCUUCAAACGGGAUCAAAUUGUUUUUGCCCAAAAAGCUUUUGAAAGUGUUGGCGCAGUCGUGGAAUUGCUUGUAUGAAUACGAGAGUGAAGACUUGAAUAGCUUUUUUCAAUCUUCACACACCCACUAUUUGGCUAAUGCAACUGCAGCAGAUUCCACUUUUGACUCUCUCAAUUUCAAUUAUGCUUAUGCCUUGGCUCAAAAGCGCGAGAUCGCUCAAGCCAUCAAGUUUCUCAAAAGCUCAAUUCUUGAGAAAGAGCCCGAGAACUAUCGUGCUUGGCACUUGCUUGCGCUGUGUGAGUCAAUAAAUGAGGAUAAAACGAUUUCUUUCAAAAUAGUGUGCUCGGUUCUUCAGGCUUUUCAGCAAGCUCUUCAAGAUGGUACCACCUUGUCCACUUCAGAAAGAUGGCAAAUGGUACAUAUUAAGCUAACCCAGCUUAAAUUAACAGUUGAUAUGUUCGGUGUUGAGGACGCCUUAGAACUUCUUCCCGAGCUAUUCGAGCUUCUCGACACUGCAUUCCCUUCCGACGCGACAGACUGCAAUCUGGGGCCAGAGUUCAAUAAGAGCAAAGAAUAUCUCCAGCAAACUGUGUGGUUGUUCGUCGUGAAGCUUUACAUGCGCAAAUCCCCCAGCGAUGCCCGGGAAGCUCUUGCAGAGUCCCGGGCCCAAACCACGAAAUUCCAAAACCUUAAUAAUGACCUGGCUGAAGGCUACAUGGCUUUGGCGAGCGACAAAAAACGGUCCCUUGAGUUAUUUGAGAAGGUCCUGUUCUAUGAUCCGCUAAACAUUGACGCAACCGUCGGAUUCGCGAAAUGUCUGAUACCUGACCCGGAAGAAGACACUGUUCACCAAAUGGCUUUGCAGAAAUCAUCAGAGGCCAAAAGCGACGCUUUUGUUGGCGAGAAAGAUAGAUCUGCUGCGUUUGCCAGGCUCAAGAUUUUGCUUGAAGAGGUCAUCGACAAAUCCAUAGAGGGCUACCAUUCGCCAGAAUUAUGGUGGUAUUUGGCACAGGUUUACGAGAACUACGAUGACCACGAGAGAAUGGAGUCCUCACUCUGGAAUUGUGUCAAGUUUGAGGAACUGCGACCCAUUCGCGACUUCAAAAUGUGUAAUUUCUAG